AGUGUCAUUUUCGUAUCGCACUCCAAACAAAGUGGUUCCCCUUUAAAAAAAAUAAAGCUACUAAAUCCGGUGAUGCCCCGGCGGAAGCCCUGUCCCCUUCCCGCCUAAUGGCCGAGCUACACAUCCUGGGAGAGCUGUGCCACGCGUCGCAUUUUGAAGAGCCGAACCUGUUCUGCAAGUGGAGCGUCCAGUUCGGGUCCAGCUGGAAGGUGAUCGAGGGUCACUGCGAGGGACAGAGUGCCGCCAGUACGGCCCGCGUCGACCCCCGGCGGUCCCACUUUGGAACGCCGCUCGAUUUGCACCUGGCCUGCCGGGGAAUCCAGGGUUGGCCAAAGCUGCACGUGGAACUGUUUGCGCUCAACUCGUUCGACAACUACUGGCCGGUCGGGUACGGCUUUGCGUUUCUGCCGACCCAACCGGGGCUGCACCGGAUCCGGGUGGCCACCUGGAAGGUUUCGUCGGCCAAGUUUGUCGACACGGUGCGGGAGAAGUUUCACACCGGUGGGUUCACCGUGGCCAAGAGUGACACCGUGUUUUCCGGCAUCGAACGGUACAAACUGCUGACAAAAUCAGCCGGAAGUGUCGAGGUGGAGUUGAUGUUGAUAUUUAAAAACUUUGCCGAAAAUGGCGUCGAAUUGCGGUGAAAUUUUAGCGAUUUUGAUACUA